AUGCCUAUAAAACCAGAAUUCGGUUUUGGACUCUUAACAACAGGAUGUUGUCCUGGAGGAGGUGGAUCAAAUAUUUGGACUCUGCUACUCCAUGGGGACCUCAACUUGAGCAUGACUAUGACUUUCAUAAGCUCGGUAGCUGCUCUAGGAAUGAUGCCGCUAAUGCUGUUUACCUAUGGUCGUUUCUUCCUUGAUACACGACGCAUUGUAAUCCCGUACAGUCAAAUUGCCAGCCAACUCUGCUACAUCCUAAUUCCUGUAAUUAUGGGCAUGCUAAUUAAGUGGAAGUGGCCAACCCUCGCUAGGCGCUUAGUUAAAGCCCUCCUUCGACCCCUAGCUAUUGCAUUUCUCUUACUCGUCAUAGGGUUUGGAGGGUAUGUAAACUGGCCUAUCUACGCCUUACUUGGAGCUUAUCCACUCCUACUUCCUGCCGCUGCUGCGCUGCCUUGGACUGGCUUUCUGCUCUCUGCUAUUUUGGCUUUCAUCUUCCGUCGCUCAAGAGCCGAGAUCCUAACAAUAGCCAUCGAAACUGGCAUCCAGAAUAUUGGAAUUGCGAUCUUGGUUCUGCUUUACUCCAUGCCACAGCCAGAAGGUGAUAUUGGCGCAAUUAUGCCUCUCGUUAUUUCAUUUUGUACUCCAUGCCCAUUACUCCUUGCUUAUAUAAUAUUGGCAAUUAAAAAUGGCAGAUGCAGCAAAUGCUCGGGGAAGAAGAAUUCCCAAAGGUCAAAAUCCAAGUCAUUGGAAGAUCUGGAACAUGGCGUGGAACACAGACGGCCAAUUCCAAGUGAUGAGCAUUUGUAG